AUGGUCAUUGGUGCCAUCUUCCGCCCGAAAACGUCCUUCUUUGCGGCAGGUCGCCAGGAGCACCGAACCAGGAUGGACAGCUACAGGAGCCUCCGGCAAACCAUCACGAAGCUGGGCAACCAGGCGCACCCCGGCGACGGAGCCAGCUUGGCCGUCUACGUCGACUCGGUGAAGAACCUGCUCAACACGUCGAUGGUCCAAGCCAUCCACUCCCAGUUCGAGGCCGACAAAGAGAUCUUGAAGAGGGCCGCCAAGAGCUUCUCCUUGUGCGACACAAUCCUGGACGCUGCGCUGGAGCAUCCGAACGCCAUCCGAGAAGGGACGGGCCAGUACCGCGGCCUUGCCAGGCUAAAGGUCAAGCACAACGAGUGCCGCGGACGACAGGAAGAGAAGAAGAUCCAGUACGACAUGUGCAACGACCAGAAAGAGAACGAGAAGCAGCUGAUGACUGCCUCAUGCGAGCAGAACUUUACCAAGUUCUACAGCAAGGUGGGUGCGACUACCACGGGCCAGUGGGAAGCCACGUGCGACACAAAGCAGUCCACCUACCAGCAGAAUCCUCCUGCAGACAUCGCGCUGAUCCACCAGCAUCCCGGCUUGAAACGUGCUGUGGAGAACAGUGACUGA